AGUUAAACACUACCGAUCAGUUAGUCGGUACGGGUUGCAACGGGAGAGAGCCGUGCGUGCGCGUGCCGGUCCGGAUUAUUAUAUUUAUAAUAUAUAAUAUAUAACUAAACAUUUAAUUAAAGGAUAUUUGUUGUUGUGUGUGUAGUGGUGUCUUUCUAUCAAAAAUCUUCAGAGAAUGAAAAGAUAAUCACACAAAUACUAUGGAACCAUUACUCGCAUCCUCCCUGGGGCAGGCGCACUUGUCCCACUUACCCCAAAGGCCCCCGGUGAACCUUAGCUUUCAAGACCUCUCUUAUGCAGUUAAUAUUGGAAAAGUAUCAAAGCUUAUACUGCGGAGCGUCAGUGGCGAAUUCCAAUCUGGUCAGCUGACCGCGAUCCUCGGACCUUCGGGAGCUGGCAAGAGCACCUUGCUCAAUGUAUUGGCUGGAUAUCGAGUUGCAGGUGCCUCAGGGUUGGUCAACACCAAUGGUGAGCCCAGGGACUUGCCCCGGUUCAGGAAGCUAUCCCGGUACAUCAUGCAAGAAGAUCUGCUGCAACCUCUCAUCACGGUCCAGGAGGCGAUGUCUAUGGCAGCAGACUUAAAGCUUGGCAAUAACUUGACGAGGAACAAAAAAGCGGUAGUUGUUGAUGAAAUCAUUCAGUUGCUACGACUGGGCAAAGCAAGAAAUACGACAACUGAGAGGCUGUCGGGCGGUGAGAGGAAAAGGCUAUCCAUAGCCCUCGAGCUUGUUAACAACCCGCCCGUUAUAUUUCUGGAUGAACCAACUACUGGUUUGGACGACGUCGCAUCGUCCACGUGCGUGUCGCUGCUAAAGCGCGUGGCCCGGGGCGGCAGGACCGUUGUGUGUUCCGUGCACACACCCUCAGCCCGGUUGUUCGCCGUGUUCGACCACGUGUACGUGGUGGCUGGAGGCCGCUGCGCGUACCAGGGCGCCGCAGCCGGGGUCGUGCCCUUUUUACAUCAGCUCGGUCUGCCCUGCCCGACUACGUAUAACCCGGCUGAUUUUAUAAUCGAAGUAUCAAGUGGCGAGUAUGGAUCACAUGUGGACCAAAUGGUAUCAGCAGUUGAGAACGGUAGAUGCCAGCGAUGGAGAAAUUAUGCUAUCGAGGAAGCAGUUCAUCAAGAAAUGGAUAUCGAACAACUAAACAGUGGAGUGGUCGCUAAACACAACUACGAGUAUGAAAGCACUGGGUACCAACAGUUUCAAGUCUUAGUGAGGCGAAUGGUGCUUCAGACAUUUAGGAAUAGGGACUAUUUAUGGCUAAGGUUCGGUCUCCACAUUUUCAUAGCAGUAAUAAUAGGAGCUCUUUUCAAUAACAUGGGUUUCGAUGCUUCAAAAACCAUAUACAACUUUGGAUUCUGUUUCGCCUGCAUUAUUGCUAUGUUAUACACGCCUAUGAUGCCGGUCUUACUUGCCUUUCCCCAAGAAGUGAUGCUCAUAAAACGUGAAUACUUCAACAGAUGGUAUGGCUUAAAACCAUAUUUCGCCGCCAUGUUUGUUUCAAGAACCCCUGCGACAAUUUUCUUCUCUUUACUAUAUCUAGCUAUAGUGUACCCUGCGACUGCGCAGCCCAUGGAACUCUCUAGAAUACUGAUGUUUGUUAGCACUUGCAUAAUGGUGGCUUUGAUAGCCGAAUCUAUGGGCACUCUGAUAUCUUCUACGUUGAGUAUAGUUAACUCAAUGUUCGUGGGGCCCGUGGUAUCCGUGCCGCUGAUGCUGCUCUCCGUGUACGGCAUCGGCAAUGGCGACGAGCCGCCGCCCGUGGUGUGGAAGCUCGCGCGCGCGUGCUCGUUCAUGCGCUACGGGCUCGAAGGACUCGUGGCCGCCAUAUACGGCGCGCCGCGGCCCGACCUCGUGUGCCCUGCGGACGUGGACUAUUGCGAGUACAAGAAUGUCAAGUAUUUCGUGAAGUUGAUGGGAAUGUCUGGGAUAUCUUACUGGGUGGAUAUAUCAGUCCUCUUCGUGAUGCUCUUGGCCAUGAAUCUCGCUGCUUAUUAUCUUCUGCGGCAGCGGCUGUCACCUAACUACGCCUUCCGGGCUAUCAAACUUAUUGGUAGAUUUAUUAAGAACAAAAUGAGUGUUUCACAUUAGUUUAGACAUUGUAUGAGAACUGUUGUUUAGAUGAUCUUGAUGUUAAUUGUUUGUUUGUCUAUUUUGGGUUACUUAGGACCAAUUGUUUACUAAAUACACCUGUUUGUGAGUUCAUUAAAAUUCUAAUUUAUGAUAUACAUAGUACUGAAGGUCAAUGGAUAUUUUAUUUUAUGUUGAAUCAAAUGUUUAUAAUGCUUUUCAAAUGGUACAACAAAUUUAACGCCCAUAUCAAAAGAAAUAACUAACAAAGAAAGAAUAUAAAUAUGUAUCUAUAUAAUAAUACAAUGGCAAAAUUAAUAAUUUUCGCCAUGUUAAUUGAAAUUUUAAAACUUUGUAUAAAGUCAAAAAAAUAAUUAAAAAUGUAUUUUCUAAUAAGUAUAAUGUAUUUUCAACCGAUGUUCCCAAGAGGUGGGUUAAAUUUGUGUGUAUUUUUAAUGUGGUUUUGGUUCUCGAUAACUCCAUGGGUUAUGACCGAUUGACGUGAUCCUUUUUGUCUGAUUACCCCCCCCCCCUCCCCUUUGGUCCCAUAGGGACGGGACUAGUGGGGGAUCUUUUUCGUAGAAUAGAAUGACUUUCAUUGUUUAGAAUAAAAGUUUCCAUACAAUAAUUCAAUGCAUCCAACUAACUUAUUAAAUGAUCAUUACAAAUGUGAUUCAGAAAUUAUUAAAAUUUGUGUGAAUAAUAGAGAGAUGUGUAUUUCGAUACUAGGUAAUGUUAAAUAGAAUUUAUAAACAGUUCUCGCAAGUAUGAAUGAUUAAUUAUUUAUGUUUUAACCUAAUUAUACAAUGACUGAAUGACUGACGGAUUGAUUCUCUUAGAACGUAAAUAAUCCAGUGUGAUAUAUAGAUUUUAAGAAAAAAUCUUUAAAUGUGAUUUAAGCUGUACCUAAGGUUCAUGUAGUGUUGUUUUAUUAAGUUGUAUUUCAUUAUAAGGA